GGGAGGCCGCGCGGUCCUUCACCCGCCCGCGGCGUUGCUUUUCGCGCCGCGCGCGCGCCGCGCCACGAGACGCCCAGGGCCCGUGGCCGCCGGACGGUUACACCCUGGCCUGGUGCCCAGGAGGCCGCGGCCUGUGGACGGCGGUGCGCCCGGGGCACCCGCCUGCAGGACAGCCCAGAAGCGAAUCGACGAGUCGGAUCGGCGAGUGGACCCGGAACGGGAGGGCGAAGCGCAGAAUCGGUGACGCCUCCUGGAGAAAGAGGGGCGGGCCACAGGAUGGCAGGAGCGCUGCCCCUGCAGGACGGACGCACGCACUCGUCCAGCGAGGCCCGCGGCGAAUCACAAACCCCGCCCGCGGCCACGGUCCGCGGCAAACGAAUAGACAACUUGCGCUAUCCCACUCAGGCGCUGAAUGCUGGAUAUACAGGGUCGCUGUCGACGCGCGGAAAUCAAACGGGUACAAAGGUUGGCGCGGGGCCGGGGGACCCUCCCACCACGAGGACGUGGCCUCGUCCUGGUCCGCCGGUCGCGCUUGUGCGCCAGCCGGGGGGGAGCCUGCUGCAAGACAUCCCACGGAAUGAUUCAGCUGUACAUUGCAGUUGUGCUGUACAUCGCCAGCGGGUGAAAAGGCACGGCUCGCCGCGUCGACGCGGCGCGAGAACCCGCCGAAAGGCAUCAAUCGUAGCCUCUGGGCACCCCCAGGUCGGGACCUCGCCGCUGACGAAAAGAGACGUGCCCGCCUCGAGGGUAGCGGUGCCCUGUCCUCAUCGGCCGCGGGGCGAGCUGGCGAGGCCCCGCCUCCCUGCGGGGCAGGCACGCCGACCGACGGGGUCUCUCACGAGCAGGCGGGGGGGCGACAGCCUGGGCGCAUCUGUGGCGCAAGUCGCAUGCACGCCGAGCCUGGACGCGUCCAGCCAGGCCGAGGCGGGGGCAGCGGGGCCCCCCGCCAGGCGCCCGCGGGGACCGCAGCGGUGGGCCGCGCGGGAGCGCCAACGGGAGGCGGCAGCCGCCACGCUGCCCAUGGGGAGACGGGAGGAGGAGGAGACGGGGGGAGAGGAGAAGGGAGAAAGGAGGAGAGAGGGGAGGGAGAACAAUGACAGGCACAAGGCGCUAUGAGUCUGGGGGUCGCGCCCGCCCGAACAGCUGCCGCUCACCAGCCCAGGGCCGCCUCGGAGACAAAGACAGAGAGCGAGAGAGAGGAGCCUCACCCGCCGCUCUCGAGGCACGCCU